GUGAUUGCAGCGUGCUCAGUGUCCUCUGCCAUGGCGUCCGACGAACCCAAAGCAAAGAAACAGAAACUAACAGAGGAGAAAGCGACGAAGUCUCCGACCAAAAAGACUCCCGCCGAACUGAGAGGUUGCUGGGCUCCGUAAACAACCAGAGACAGGAUCUAAUCUAAGAUCGCCGUGAUCGCCACCUGCCUCGGCUUAAAAUAGUUGGCUUGAUCUGGGUACUCCAUCCUCUCCCUGGGAGGGAUUGCUUCGCUGCAGUGGUUCCUGAUGAGAGCUGCAGUGAGCCACGCUGUGCCAUCUCCCUAAACAAUGAAUUACCAAGCGGUCACGUGGUUGUGCGUGUGUAAUGUUUUUAUUUCUUUGUGUGUGUGUCCCAAUAAAUGUGACUCAGUCGGCGACUGCACAUGCUCAUCUCACGCCGAUCCUGUUGUCGUGUCACCGCAUCUCUGUCAUUGGCACGGUUCUUAAGAUGCAAUACAUCUUGAUAAAGCUGUUUGGAUGAGGUUAGACUGGGCAGGACGAGCCAAUCAGCACACGGGCAGAACACCCUGCUCCUUUCUCCCGCAGUGACCUCCAAUCAGCCAGGCUCAGCCCUAAUUCAUUGUUUGGGAUGGGAAACCCUUUACUGGACAUUUGUGCAGUAGUGGACAAGGACUUCUUGGACAAGUACUCUCUAAAGCCCAAUGACCAGAUCCUGGCAGAGGACAAGCACAAAGAACUGUUUGAGGAGAUAGUGAAGAAGUUCAAAGUGGAGUACCACGCUGGAGGAGCCACACAGAACUCUGUGAAGAUUGCUCAGUGGAUGAUCCAAGAACCCCACAAAGUGGGAACGUUCUUUGGCUGCAUCGGCAAAGACAAGUUUGGAGAGAUCCUGAAGACGAAGGCUGCGGAGGCCCACGUUGACGCGCACUACUACGAACAGGAUGAAGAGCCCACGGGCUCGUGUGCUGCUUGCAUCACGGGAGACAACAGGUCCCUGGUUGCAAACCUUGCUGCGGCUAACUGCUACAAGAAGGAAAAGCAUUUAGACCUGGAGGAAAAUUGGAAGCUAGUAGAAAAAGCCAAAGUCUGCUAUAUUGCUGGUUUCUUCCUCACUGUCUCGUUGGAGUCUAUGCUGAAAGUUGCAAAGCAUGCAUCUGAAAAUAACAAGCUGUUUUGCCUGAACCUUUCUGCGCCCUUCAUCUGCCAGUUCUUCAAGGACAACCUCAUGCAGGUCAUGCCCUACGUUGACGUGCUGUUCGGCAAUGAGACGGAAGCUGUUGCGUUUGCUAAAGAGCAAGAUUUUGAAACUGAAGACACACAGGAAAUAGCCAGGAAAGCCCAGGCUUUACCCAAAGUGAACUCAAAGAGGCAGAGGGUUGUGGUGUUGACUCAGGGGAAGGAUGACACAGUCAUGGCUAUAAGUGACAAGGUCGAGACAUUCCCUGUAUUAACAAUUGACCCCAAAGACAUUGUUGAUACCAAUGGCGCAGGCGAUGCUUUUGUUGGAGGUUUCCUGUCUGGGCUUGUUCAGGAGAAACCCCUGAGUGAGUGUGUGAAGGCGGCGCACUACGCUGCCAACGUCAUCAUCCGACGAGCUGGUUGCACGUUUCCAGAAAAACCUGACUUUAAAUAGCGACGCCCAAAAAAAAAACGCUACCUUCAGCCUAAAACCUCACUCGAAUCCUGCCAAACACACCUUGGACUUUUUAGCCUCUGGUGUUUUCAACAGAAGCGACCUAGAAAAAUGUUUUUAAUAAGCUGUCUCUUCAUCAUAAUUUACAGUCAAUGCAUAUAACUUUUCAGUGAUCAUUUGUUCUGUGCCUCCUGAUGUGUUUCUGUCUCCGUUCCUCCACUUGGAGCCGCCAAAGGAUCAUGCAGCCAAGAGCCAAUAGAGGGAUUUGUUCAAAUUAAACCAUUUAACCAUGUUGUGUUUGCACGAUUAGACAAGUUUGGUUUCACAGAUGAUCAAAGUAUGAAAAUAUCUUGUGGGAUUGCUUCUUAAUACAUUUUGGCUCCAACAGGAGUCCGGCUCUUCUGGCUCUCGGCUGCCUGAGUUAUCACUUUGUCAUCAGCAACAAGAGGUUGAUUUUACAAAGGGGCAACGAAUUCUAGACAAACAAUAGAUUAAAGGAAAAAAAAUGCCGCUGUCAAAACCUUCAGGAUACUGCAUUAAUGAUGUGCAGUACAGGUUUGUUGUUUUACAUUUUUUAAGUUAAUUGUUAUUUUUAUUUUUGUUGUUUACUAAGGGAGGACAUUUGGUUUAAUUCAAAGUGCACUCAUUUUAAUAUGUGACGACUCAUUUGUUCAAAGAAGUUUUUACUUAUGCUCUUUUUCCUAUGAGUGCCUUUUGUCUACAAGCCCAAUCAGAGACAAACCUGUGUAAAAUGCUUAGUAUGUUGGGAGGGACAAAGGAUUUGAAUUGUGCAGAAUGGGAAUGUCAAUGGGCAUUAAAAUGGAUAUUUUCUUUGCUGUUAAUUUGUAACAGAAAUUGCAUUGACCGAUACUUUUUGUAAUAGAGUUUAUGUGACAUUGACUGUGGAACGUUUUUGGGGAAUUGCUUAUAAAUUCAGUGGAAAUAUACAUUUCAAAUUAAAUUCAAGCUCGGGCCACAUUUAUUAUGAGGCCAGACUUUUUAAACAUCAGUAUUUGCCGACCGUGUGUUAUGUAAGUGUUUGGACAACACUGAUUACUUGAAUAAAAUUAUUCUAUAAUUAUA